AUGGGUACAAUGGUGAAAGGAGAGAAGAUGCGAGAUGCUCCACAAUUGCUUGCAGCCUUCGUUGGCUUUUGUGGCAACCCCAACACAUGUGGCGUAUCUGUAAGUGGCAUCGCUCACUACCGUGCUUCCCGUGCUUCUUCUCUCCCUUUUGCUUUGGCGUUGAUGGUGGCGCGGUCAUCCCUUGCCGUGCAGCACCUCAAGGAGGAAAAAAUGUUAAGUUUGCCUCCAGCUUCCAAAAAUUGUUUGGCGCCGUGGAAUAGCACGGACACUGAUUUUUCUUAUUAUCCAUGGUCUUUGUUGUCAUUCUUGCGUGUUUUUUUUUUGAUGUUCCGCGGUCUUCACGUCUGCCCGCAAUGUUACGCGAUGUGGGGCCACAGGGAAGUACUGCGUUCGGUCGGUGGCACACCGGUACGGCGGGUGCCCUAA